GUUGAUGUUAAGGAAAGGAAAGGAAAGUUAGCAAUUUUCCUGUGGAAAAUCUGUUGUUUUCUGGUAAAAAGUUCAAUGGUUAGACCAUUUCAGGCAUAACAUGGAAUCGAUAAGGAACACGAUGCUGAUGCAUGAAGAUGUCUUCAAACACCAGGUACAGGAACUUCACCGGCUUUAUAGUGUUCAGAAGAUACUAAUGGAUGAGUUGAAAAAGGAGAUAAAAAAGAACAGGUUUUGGACCACUACUAGCUGUGACAUGAACCAAAUUACUAGUGGGUUCGGUUUACAUGUUCAAGGUGAUCCAAGACCAAGGGGGUUUGACCAAGCAGGGCCUAGCUCCAGAACUAACCAGAUGAUGAGCAUUGGAGGAUCUGAUGAAGAUAGUGAAGUUGAACUGACACUCGGUAUCGGGAUCGGAGGCAGCGGUUUGAGCAAGAGGAAGCUAAAGAACUCCAGUUCAAGUUCUCAGUCAGUUCAUAAUAAGGAGCUUGAUUCAUCAGCCUCAUGCAGUGGCCUGGCACUCCGGUGAGCAGCUCUAGUGCGACAUUUGAUCAGGAAAAGAAGCUACCACAUUGGCUUUUCCAAGGUUUUAGCAUAAACAGCUCUUGAACCACUCAACAAUAUAGUUAGGAUCUCUGUAUCCUUUCAACUUCUUUUGGACUUGU